CCUCAUGGAGAUGGGGACAGCCACACCAAGAAAUGGGAAAGAAGGAAUAUUUGCAGCCCAGCUAAUGCAAUUCCAACUGCAAUAAGUUUGGCUUAUUUCCAGUCUCCCAACAUUUGACAGGGACCUAAGGUAAAUUUUGCUUCUAGACAGGUUUUAAUCAGCAAGCUGGGUAUUGUUGAUGCAGUAGAUUCAAUCCUGUGGUGCUUUAUUUGGCCUCCAAAAGACAUCCUACUUGACCUCAGGGACAAAGAAGGAACCUUCAGCUGGAAUCCCUGGAAUUUAAAAUGAAAGGAUAAUGGGCCUAAUCACGAUAUCUCAAAGUCAGAGAUGGGCAGAGCUGUCCCACUCCCUGCCCUGUGUCAGAGCCCUGUGCCUGAGCUGUCUCCUUCUUCCUCAUCACCAUGUUGUAAAUCCCAGACUCCAGGACCUCAGUCAUCAAACACAGCUUGUGGCUGAAUGUCAUCACCUGGUAAAAAUUCAGAGGAACUUUGUUCUCUAUUUGAAUUAGCUGAGCUCUUUUAAUCCCGUUUGUGGCAUAUUUUGAAAGCACUUUUAGAUACUGCGGAAAACAGUAUUUCCUGACAAGCUCAGCCUUUUUCAUUCUGACAGCAUUGAUUAUUUUUUCUUCCACUGGUUGGAAUUUACAUUUCAUAGGACUUUUUGGUUCUUCGUUUUGAUUCUGCUUGUGUUUCUUAUCAGUACAAUCAGCUGUGCAAGUCCAACUCUGGUGUCAAGUAUAGAAUAAGGAAAGGGAAAAUUUUAGGAAAUUAUCUUUUAGCCAAGUGCCAGAGCUGCCCAUGGAGCCCAGUAAGGAGCUCACUACAGAACUCUAGUGGGGUUUAAGAUAUCCAAAAUGCCCUGAGAUGGUUAAAGCUGCAUUGGUGCUUUCUCUUCCCAGCCCUGCUGUGAUGCAAGGCCUCUCCUCUAUGAAUAGCACACUCACAGCAGAUCAGCUGAGGCUAUAGUUGCUGCUUCAGAGCAUCCUGAUCAAAACUGCCUUCCAUUCCCAGGUCAGAGCAGCAUCCCUGAUCACCCAGCCCAUGGGGUCAGUGCCAAAGCUCCAUGUCCAAGCUGCCCCAGCUGUGUUCAGCACAGCUCUCCCUGCCUGCUCCACUUCCUGCUCUCCCUUAGCCUGGCACUGUCAGGUUCACUGGAAGCGCAUCAAACACUGGAAAUAGAAGCCCAGUGGGGGUGAGGCUGCUCACUGAUUCAGGCUGCAGGAUAAUCUAAAUAAGGAAGCAGAUUCUCUGUUUGCCUGUCUAGGGUGAGUAAUCCUCAAAGUUAUGACUUGGAGGGAACUGAAGCAACUCAGGCCUGAAUGCAAUGCUCCCAGCUUGGAGGAUGCUUUAGGAACCAUAUGUCAUGUGCUGCCCUCAGCUGAGAGCAAACAUCUCUGCCCUGGGGAUUGUCUGCCCUGGCCAUAUCUGAGACUAAAAUUAGCAGAGUGUCGCAUAAAUUGUGAGCUGUAGGUUGUCAGUGCUUCCUUGCCUGGUCCAGAGUGAGUUUUAAUACUCAUUCAAUGUUUCCUCUAAGAAGAGACCCAGUGGAGGAGAAGCAGAAAAGCCAGAACCCCAUGGUGCUGGGUCUGUCUGGAGGCCUGUAAAGCAAUCUGGGAUGCUGCUGGGGGUUCACAGCUUAGAGCAGAUUACAGGGUUUGGCCUGAGCAGCAGAAUGCUGAAGCAAUGGGUUUUACUGCAGAGUGAGACACAGAACAAGGUCUUAGGAAACAGAUGGAUUGCUAAGAGAACAAACAAUGAGACAAAAGAUUCACAGGGAGCCAGCACGGGCGGGCUGACCAAGCCAAAGCAUGUGGGUCUGCUUGGCUCCGGCAUAAAUAAUUGGGUUUUUGCUCAGACACAGUGCAAGGCCAUAAAAAGGUGUAGUUAACCUCUAGUGUUAAAACUCUUUUUAUGGGUUCAGGGCCUUCAGUGCUGUGCCAACCAUUUUCUCUCCCUGCACCACACUCCAGACCCUUGGACCUCGCACUAGAACUCAGAGUGAGUUGUUAAACACAAGCAACCACAGAGGUUGAUUCCAGAGGUUGGUGCCAGAUCUCCCCUUGGACACGGAAACAACGACAGCUCUGGAGGACAAUCUGCUCUUCAUCACUGUUAGGAGAAGGACACAAAGUUUGAAGGAGGAAAAACUUGCUUGGUUUGGAUCCAGCUACUUCCUAAACAUGCUUGCAUUUCUCAGGAAGGGCCGUCCAGUUUUUGCAUCCUGCCUGGAAUUCCACAGGUAAAUUUGUCAAGAUGUGCCUUCAGCAGCACAGCACCUCUUCUUGCUCCAAUAUCUGAGUAUUUUCCAAGCCAUAACUGCACCUUCAGCACCCUCUUCUAUGCUGAUCCUAUCUUUUUAUUGAUUCCCAUUGAUCCCUCUUGGUAUCCAGUGAGAUUUCUGGCAACUUUCCAUAGGAUAGCCAACACCCCCAUUAAAUCUGGUGGAAAACUAGAUGUGGAAAUAACUUGAAAUACUUGAUAUUGAUAAAUUAAAGGCUUCCUUAGGAACCAUACACUUGAAAAACACAGUCUUUCAAACAGGAAAAGGUGUCCUGAUGUCAGACCAUUCAUGUUCAAUGCAUUAGAAAGCAAAAUUAUUUAAACAAAUUCCACACUGCUGCAAAUUACACUUUGAGUAUAUGCAAGCAUCACCUUCCAGGUAUGAUUUGGGUUUGGUCUUGUUCAGGCUGUGAAAUAAAAGUAGACCUCGGGAUCUUAUUUUUGUUGUGUUUUCAACUUACAUAAUUCAAUUUUUUUUUAAAAGAAAACAUAAACAGUAAACUGCAACGUGUUUCUAAAUAGGUAACACAGUGAAGAACUACAGCAAUGUAUUUAGGCACAUUUCUGAGGGUUUUAACAAAAUAAUAUGUUAAUUAUUCUAUUUUACAAGUUAAAUAUAGACAAUGCUUAUAUUUUGCUAUAAAAUCUAGAACACAACUCUAUGCAAAACGUGAUCAAAACAAACAAAAAUAAAUGUGGGGUUUUUUUCUGCUACCCAGAAAAGAAAGGACUUAAAGCAACUUCUACCAAUUUAACAGCUUGAAAGACCUCCAAAUGCUGUUUAAGCCUCUAUUUUUAUUAUUGUUUCAUUAGAGCUCUUUUCUUUCCACAUUUAGACAAGUCAAUCCUCCCAUGUACCUCUCUCAAGGUCGUUCAGAGGACAUCAAUUAGGUGUAAUGCUGGGAUGGAGCACUGCUGUCUCCACCUGUGCUGCAAAAUCAACUGCUGACUCCAGAUCCAGGGAUGGAUGGAUUGAGGGCUGGUCGUGCUGCAGAGGGAAGAAAUGGCAUUUGAGGAAAGGUAGGAAGAGGAAUAUCCCUGUUCCUUUUGUCUCAGAGUGUUCACUAAGACCCAGAGUUAUCCCUGCUCUCAGCUGACCUCGGAGGGUCUCAUGUCUUUAUUACAUCCUUGCCGAUUUUAUUUAAAUUCCCAAAGACAAGAGGUUAGAGCAGACUGGGUGUGCGGUUAUCACCUUUUUAAAAAUAAAAUUAAAUCCACGUAAGCUCCACCUUUUUGAACAAGGUUUGCAUCAGCUGAAGGGGAACUCUGUCACCUUCCCCAGCCUUGCCAUGGACCGCAGUCCGGCUGGUGCUAGCCCCCAGGGAGAGGCACCUCCCGGCCAUCCCCAGGCACAUUUCUGGGGUGUUUUAACCAUGUAACAUGAGAAUUGCUGUAUUUUACAGGUUAAAUAUAGACAAAUGCUUGUGUUCUAAUACAAAAAUUAAAACAGGAUCCUAUGUAAAACCAGAUCAAAACCACGGACAAAUUAAAAGAAAACAAUAACAUUGUUUGGUGUGGAAAGAAAUCUACAACUCGAUCAAGGCAGGACUGAGCAGCCCCCCAAAGCCCUGGGGGGCGCGACCCCGGUGGGCACAGCAGAGCCUGAGGAGGAACGGCGGGGGCUGCACAUCCCCGUUGCCCUUCAUAGGGGUCUGAGCAUCCCCUGUGCCGGUCCUUGUGGGGUCUCAACAUCCCCCCGUACCCACCCCCGCGGGGUCUCAGAUCCCCCGUGCAGACCUUUGUGGGGUCUCAGAUUCCCCUGUGCCGACCUUUGCGGGGUCUCAAGACCCCUAGCACCCGCCCCCGCGGGGGUCUCACCACUCCGUGCACCGCGCGGAGCCCCGAGAGCCGUGUCCGGGCGGCCACCAGCGGCCGCAGCGGGCGGGUGCUCCGCAGCCCGGCGAGAGUUAACGGCGGCACCGCCUCUCCAUUGGCGGCCCCGCGGCGGCUGCGGAGCCCGCGCUCUCCCCGCGCGUCCGCCGGCCCCGCGCUCCGAGUCUCCAUGCGGCGGCCGCCGGCAUGCCCGGCACGCCCAGCCUGCUGCCUCCGCUUCUCGCCCUGCUUUGCCUCGGGGUCGCUGACCCCAACCCCGACCCCGACCGCGACCCCGACGAGCCGUGGUGCCCCUACAAGGUGGGCGGCGAUGGCGCGGCGGCGGCGCGGCUCUGCUUCCGCCCGCCGGCCCGCGGCUUCCAGUGCUCGGCGCGGGGGUGCCGCGCCCACCGCUCCGCGGGCGGUGCGCUGGUGGCCAACGUGCUGCGGAACGGCAGCGUGCUGCUGCAGUGGGGGCUGCGGCACUGGGGGCCGCCGCCGCGCCCCGCCGCCGCCCUGCGCGGCUUCGCGCUCAACUGCUCCUGGGACGGCACCUACACGCGCUUCCCCUGCGACAGCGUGGAGCUGGGAGCCGCAUGUCGCGACUACCUGCUGGCCGAGGCGCACGGCAGCGUGCGCUACCGCCUGUGCCUGCAGCCGCGCUACGCCCCGCCGCGCCCCGCGCCGCCCGCGCAGUGCGUGGAGUUCCGCGUGGAGCCCGCGGCCAUGCGCGAUAUCGUCGUGGCCAUGACGGCCGUGGGGGGAUCCAUCUGCGUGAUGCUCGUCUUCAUCUGCCUGCUGGUGGCCUACAUCACCGAGAACCUCAUGAGCCCCGCGCUCAGCCGCGGAGGACACGCGGCCGCCGCUCCGCGCCGCGCGUAGUACGGGAGGGAAUAAUGAUGCUGCUGCGCCGCGGAGCUCCCGCAGCCGUCAUUCCAGCGCUUUCCGGCGAGGGUAGAGGUUUUCCAGACUGUUCUGGCAGCGUUGGGUUUGCCGUGCUCGAAUUUCCAGGAUGUGCGUUUCCAGCGGAGUUUGGAGCUCUUCUUCCUCCUGGAGUGGCUUCUCAGCCAGAGCCGUUCAUGUGGACUAAAGUCGUGGCAUCUCAGCAGAUCAAAAAACAUUGGCAGAGGUCCACAAGUGCCAGAAAUAGUCUGUUUUUAAGGGCAAGCGGCAGAUCUUACCGAGGGUCUGUUUGAAAAGACUGUCCAGAACACCCUCAUUUUAAGCAUAAAACCUCUUGGUCUUAGACCCGUGCUUAAUAUUUUUCCUGUGGGGUAAAGUUGUUGAAAGUUAAGGAGAACUGUCUGGUGGAACCACAAACCCCAUACCUAAGUGUGUGUUUGGUCCAAAGCCCACUUAAUCUCAUGUUUUAGGUGGGUUUUGUAUCAUGCCUUAUGCUGGUCACAAAUUUUGGGGCCUAGACUGGCUACUGUCCAAAAACAACACGGGUUUUCUGGUCGAGGGUUUUCUGGUCAGCUCCAGUGACCAAUAUCCAACACCUGCUUUUCUCCCAUCAGAAUUGUGUCAUAGUUUCACAAAGAGAGAAGGUAAAGGGAUAAAUUCAGUAAGAAAACUCCAUUUUGCUGAGCAAGUAGGAACCAGCCCUUAAUUAUAAGUAAGAUCUAAGUGAGCACCCCCCUUGCCCCCUGAAAUCCCCUCCUUUAGCAGUGCAGCUGCACUAAGGUAGAAGCUUCUUGACCACAGAACUCACUGAUGUUAUAGCCAAGUCUUUUGAGCAUAGGAACACUCCCCGUUAACUCCUCACUUGAUGCUGUAGUAAAGUAAGGUUUUAGCCAUACUCUAGUACUGAUUCUAUUGUGCCUUAGUGCUGAGAAUUUGUCCCAUUUUUAUUGGUGUAUCUGUUCCUGUAGUUCUCGUAGUUAAGCGUAUCUCCCUUGUGUUCUUGUCUCUGGAAUUAGUGGUUGUUGGUUUGUCUGAUUGUUUUUUUAAAAAUAACAAAAAAACCCCAACUUGAGCUGAUCAUUACUUGAAGUUUAAUAUGUACACAAAGUAGUUACCUUCAGAGAGGUAUUUAGUGAGGUAGUUUCUAGUAUGUGUUGUAUGUAUGUAGUUGACUGCUGUAACACAAAAAAAUAAUUUAUUAUCACUUAGGAACUGUGCACCUAAAGCAAAAAAAAAGUAGGGGAAAGGCUGUGCUGUAAAGGGACUGUUGCUGUUAAAACACGUCAGGUUCACGUGUGAUCUGUUUGUGUAAAUGUCCAGCACUGGUGAACGACCUGUUUGUUUUUCCUUGUGAAAGAAGUUUGUGAAGUUUAAACUUGGUGGUAGAGGGUAAAUAUAGGAAAUGUGUGGAAUCCUUAACUAUACACGGUAUUUGUACUGAACAUAAUCCCUUCAAGAACUUGGGAGUGGCUGAGGAACUGAAGGUCUGCAUUUCAUCAGGCAGAAACAGCUUUUUCUUCGUUAUUCCUGUAGUGUUUCCAUUCUCACAUGCAGCAGACCCCAUAUAAGUGUUCUAUGUUUAUUACCUUGCUUAUGUGCUUGAUUUAAGCAACUCAUUGAUGCCAUCAUUUUUGAGUUUUUAUCCCUAAGGAGAUCAACUGCUGGAAGAAAAGGCAAUUUUUAAGAAAAUGAAGACAAAUUUUGGUCUUUUAAAGGUUUCAAGUCAGCCUUUGCUGUAGCCAGUUCAGCACAGGGCCAUCAGAGUGCCACUGAUUUUGUACAUCUCUGUCACCUUUUGUCAGCCAGUGUCACCAUUCUGUUCCUCAUCUUGUCAUGAAUUGCCAGAUGUGAAAACCAGCUGUAUAAACAAUGAGCCUUGUACCACCUUGGCAUUGAACUUAAUAAAUUAAGAGGAUAAUGAAAAGAAA